AUGGUGGUGCAGAAUGGCGAGCCCAAAGACGCGCUCGAGCUGAAAGCCGAUUGGCCGACUCCAGCAUUGCCUGUUAUGGGCUCCAACCUCUUGGUCAAGGUGUCGCACGCCGGCCUGAACCCAGCAGACAUUCAUUUCAUGGCCCAUCUCCCGUCGUGGCUCCCUUUCCGUCGAAAUGCGAUUCCUGGACUCGACUUCGUCGGUGAGAUCGUGCAGACCGGUCCGUUGGCGCCGCCCGAGAUGACGGUGGGUACUGAGGUCUGCGGCUCUCUCGGUGUCAGACAGGUUGCCUUCGGCGCCGGCUCGCUAGCCGAGUACGUCCUCGUGCCGUCCGACCUGGUGGCGGUCAAGCCGGCCACUCUGCCACUAGCGGCCGCCGUUGGCUUGGGUACUGCUGGUCAAACAGCCGCACUCAUCAUGCGCCAGGCCAAAGUACAGAAAGGCGCGCGCGUUCUCAUUAACGGGGCUAGCGGUGGGGUCGGCUCUAUCUUGAUUCAGAUUGCUAAGGCUAAGGGAGCUACCGUCGUUGCCAUUUGCUCAAAUGCUAGCGACGCCCAUGUUCGUAGAUUAGGCGCCGACGAGGUAAUUGACUACAAAGUCCACCAAGAUCUUUAUGAUUUCAUAGCCAAAACAUUCAAAGAAUCCCAGUUGGACUUGAUCAUCGACUGCAUGGGCGACGAUGCCCUGUUUACCAAGUCACCGCCCUACCUGAAGCCUGAUGGGAAGUUCAUCAGCAUCGUUGGAGGUCGAACCCAAGGCAUCUACCCCUUUUUGAAGAACAAGUUUCUGCCUGUAUUUCUCGGGAGGACACCUCGCAGCUACAGCAUUCUUGGCUUGGCCCCGGCUGGGACGUAUGCCCGCGAGGUGGCCCAGUGGAUUAACGACGGUCUUGUCAAAGAGGUGCCUGUGGACUCAGAGUUUAGGUUAGAAGAAGCUGUCGAGGCGUAUGAAAAGCAGGCUACCAAGAGGGCCAAAGGAAAGAUUGUGGUGGCCAUCAAGUCGUAG